AUGGCUAUGAAAGCAGUAAAACUCCCGCGUGUGAUGCUAUUGGAUGGAGGUACGGGCGAGGAAUUAUUCACUCGUGGACUACCAGAUGACCGUCAAAUUUGGUCAGCUACAGCAAUUGUGCAUGAACAGCAUCAUCAAUUACUACGAAAGGUGCACACUUCCUUCUUGGCUGCAGGUGCUGACUACAUCACGUGUAAUAAUUACGGUGUAACACCUGGUGUGGGCUUCAGUGACAAAGAGAUCGUUCAGUACACGACUGUGGCUGGUCAAGUGGCUCAAGAGGCCUGCGAUCAAUGGAUAAUGACGUCGACUGACAGCACGACAAGACCAAAACCAGGGAUCUGCGGGUCGCUACCUCCACUGCUGGAGAGCUACAGAGCCGACAAAGUGCCGGAAAGUGACGAAGGAGUGCGAUUAUAUGCAAUGAUUGCAAGAGCUUUGAAGCCCUUUGUUGAUUAUUACUUGGCCGAGACAUUGUCGUCGAUGAAGGAAGCCAAGAUGGCGCUGCUAGGAGUGGAACAAACUUGUUGUGAAGAUACUGAUGAACAUGCUCAAGUUAUGGUAUCGUUCACGCUGAAUAGCCAAGGAGAGAUUCGUAGUGGGGAAAAAGUAUGUGAUGCGGUGCAGGAAUUGAUGCGUUUUACUGAAAGCAAAACGAAGAUGCAGCUGUAUGCGAUUCUCUUCAAUUGCUCGCAGCCAGAGGCCAUAUGUAAGGCUCUUCGUGAGCUACACGAUGAUGAGAACACACGUGCAAGUUUGUACAGUCGCGAAGUUCGUUUGGGCGCAUACGCUAAUCGGCUUCCGGAGAUUCCGGAUGAUUGGGCGCUCGCUGAGUCUUGCGAGCCGCAGACGAUGCGCACAGAUAUGGAUGUGGAACGAUACGUGAACUUUGUCUCGCAGUGGGUGGAUGUUGGCGCCCAAGUUGUCGGUGGUUGCUGUGGGAUUGGGCCUGAGUACAUUGCGGGCAUUCACCAGAUGCUACAGGAUAAAGGCCUGCACUGA